AUGUGUCUCCAAUCCCAGCAUCUUCCUCGGGACCCCAUCGGUGGCACUGACCCCAUUCGUGUUUGUCCUUUUGAGAAACGCCAGUGUAAUCAAGCUCAUCGCUCUGUAUUUGUGUGUUUCUGGCUCCAGGUGACCACGGAUCUGCGUCAGAGAUGUACAGAAGGACACACAGGCACCUCCGUGUCUGCACCGAUGGUGGCGGGUGUCAUCGCUCUCGCUCUGGAGGCAAAUCCUCUUAUAACAUGGAGAGAUGUCCAGCAUCUCCUCGUGAAGACGUCAAGACAAGCUCAUCUGAAAGCCAGUGACUGGAAAACUAAUGCAGCCGGACACAAAGUCAGUCAUCUGUAUGGCUUUGGUUUGGUGGAUGCUGAGGCCAUGGUGGUGGAAGCCAAGAAUUGGAGAAAGGUUCCUCCUCAGCACACCUGCAGCAAAACUUCUGACCGCAGAACCCGGUAUAUUCGAGCAGAUCAGAAGCUGAACGCCAGCAUCUCGAGCAGCGGCUGCAGCGAUCAGCCGGAUCAGCGGGUGGUGUUUCUGGAGCACGUGGUGGUGCGCGUUCUCAUCAUCCACCCGCGCAGAGGAGACCUGGAGAUCAGCCUCGUAUCCCCAUCAGGGACGCGAUCAACGCUGCUGGCUAAGAGAUUGUUUGAUAACUCCCACGAGGGCUUCAGGAACUGGGAGUUCAUGACGGUUCACUGCUGGGGGGAGAGAGCGGAGGGCACGUGGACGCUGGAGGUCUCAUACUCGCCGUCUCAGCGGCGUAACCCUGAGGUGUUGGGUAAGCUGAAGGAGUGGACACUCAUCCUUCACGGCACGGCUGAGCACCCCGACCAAUCCCAGAGUCCCCAGCACUCGAGCACAGCAGGCAAGGAGCUGAAAAACACAGGAGCCCCUGAGCAUGAAGACGAGGAAGAGGAGGAAUAUAAUGGUCCGUGUCAUCCUGAAUGUGGAGAUCAGGGCUGCGACGGGCCGGACGCCGAUCACUGCCUCAACUGCAUUCACUUCAGUCUGGGCAGCCUCAAGACCGGCAGGACGUGUGUUAGUCACUGUCCUCUGGGUUAUUUUGAGGACGGAGAGGCCCGCAGAUGUCGCCGCUGUCACCGCGGCUGUGAGAAGUGUGUGGCUCGCGGGCCGAACGAGUGCCGGUCCUGCCGGAGAGGGCUUUACUUCUACUCGAAGGAGAGCACCUGUGUGGAGACAUGUCCCGCCGGCUGCUUCCCCGACAGCGGCCAGAGACGUUGUCUGAAGUGUCACGAGAACUGUUUGAAAUGCUUGCGAGAUGCAGACAGAUGCACGGCCUGUAAAGAUGGCUUCAGUCUGGCAGGAAUGACCUGUGUUCCAGAAUGUGCCAAUGGAACGUUUUUUAACCUGGAAGAAAUGAAGUGCAGCCCCUGCCAUGUCUCCUGCUCCACAUGCACAGGUCCAGGACUGGAGGAGUGUAUUCAGUGUGCACCAGACUAUCUACAGCAGGAGUGGAGGUGCGUCCGAACCUGUGCUCCUGGAUACUACAGAGGAGAGGCGGCGGGAUUCACACAGAGGAUGUGCCGCAAGUCAUCCUCUUUGUCUUUGUUUCCGACUGUAAUGUCAUCAAGGCUGAUUAUCCGUCUCAUUGAAAUUGCAGUUGUUGAAAUUGUAGCCUUGCAAAUAGAGGCUUUUAUGAAGGUCACAGAUGGUGAUUGCAGUGGAAACGGGUUCUUCUCCGACUCUGAGUCCGGUGUGAGGAAGCACUGUUUGAGCUGUCAGGGUCCUGGAGCGAGCUGCACACAGUGUAAGGACGGAUACAGCCUCGUCAGCCGGACCUGCGUCAUGAACGCCACCUGUAACAACGCGGAUGAAGUAUUCUGCGAGAUGGUCAAGUCGAACCGACUGUGUGAGAAGAAGCUCUUCCGUCAGUUCUGCUGCCGGACGUGUUCGAUGACGGCUGGAUGACAGCAAGGAAAGAGACUAAUGGACUGACCUACUAUUUCUUUGGUUGUGUUAUCUAAUGUACAUUUUAAACUAGUUAUACUGUGAUUAUUAAAGGAACAGUUCAGCCAAUAAUGAAAAUUUGCACAGAAUGAACAGUGCUCUCUUCCACCCUGA